UCUGGGUGUGGAGGUUUGUCUGGCAUUGCAGCCGCUCAUAUGGGGUUUAAAGAGGUAAUCCUGACCGAUGUGGAAGAGUGCCUGGAGACCCUUGCAAGCAACGUCAGAGCCAACUGUCCAGCUAAGGACUUUGAGGUCGUAGUCAACUUUCCUAAUCAGGCUAUUGGGAUCACUGGCUAUGGUGAAAUUCCUCCGCCGCGGACUUCAUCUCUUUCGUCUCCACGUGUCACUUCCAACCCCAAGCAAGAACCUAGUGCAUCAACAACAGCACCUGUAGCUAUUGGAACUCCAGCUGCUGUACCAGAUGGGCCUGAAUCUGGACUUAGAAAUCGAACUUCAUCUGUACCUGAUGGAGCAGCAUCUGUACCUGAUGGACUGGGUGUGGAUCAUGUUGGUGGCGAGAAGGGACCAAUCUCUGGGAGUGGGACAAGCCUGGGGAAGGAAGGGACUGCUUGGUCUGCUACUGCUGAAGAAAAGAACUUGGCCUCAGUUUGUGCAUCAGCAGUCGAUGAAUCUGAUGAUGAUGAUGAUGACGGUGAUGAUAGACUUGGCGAGAUGGAAACGAAGAACCCUAAGCUGAUCGAACCCAGGAAUAAUGUUGGGUUGUGUAAUGGGUGCAAGAGUGGCGGCGGAAUCAGCGAUGGGCUAGCGGUCAGAGAGAAGACAGUGUCUGAUGUCAGAACCGAGCGGACAGUUGUCAGAGUGGAAGAGCUCGACUGGUACCGUGGCGUGGACCAUGUGAAGCCCCCCUUUGACUACAUCAUUGCAUCGGAUGUGGUCUACAGUGUAAGUGCAGACACUCUCCGCUAGGACUUUCCUGAAUGCAUCUGAACUGAAAUAUGGGCACAUUCAUUCAAAACGAAUCAUGCUCUGAGUGUUCGACUAAGGGAAGAGUCACACGAAG